UACUUGGCCCUGGGCGUGGCAAAGGAUGCCAGUGCCGCUGCCAUCAAGGCACAAUACCGGAAGCUGGUAUUAAAGUUCCACCCAGACAAGGUGCAGGAUGAAGCGCAGAAGCAAAUCGCUUCGGAUCAGUUCCACAAGAUCCAGACGGCGUGGGAGGUCGUUGGCGAUGAGGAGAAGCGGCAGCGGUACGAC